GAAGCAAGGUAGCAAGCUACCUUGGCCCGUGAGGGCUGCAGAGGCAUGGAGCCCACUGAAGAUAUGGAAGAACAAGAGGACGCUUGUGGCGAUGAGGUCGCGAGCGCGUUCAGUAUUGGUGACCUUGCUGAGGAGGACAUUCCUGAAGAGGCAGAAGCUAGCGCGGACGGGAUUGAGGUCGAAGACAUUGAGGCACUCGUGACUGAUGUACAGGAUCAUGUCUUUGGCGAAAUGCGACUGCCAGAGCAUGUAGUGACCGAGCUUCAGACUGCUUGGAAUACCUUCCUAGCACAGCAACCUUCGAGAGAUUCAGCUGGAGAUGCGAUUUACAGUGCAAUUUUUGAUGCGGCUCCUGAACUGCAAUACCUGUUCAAGACAGCGCGUUCUGUGAUGGCAAUGAAGUUUGUGAAUGCCUUGAAUAUGCUGGUCGCGGACUUGCCACGGCCUACAGUGCUUAAGGCUAAUACUGAAACCCUUAGCUUUCAGCAUUUGGACAUCGAUGUGACGACACCUCGGGCUGGUGUAUUUCGAGAUGCCAUUUGCGAGCUUUUGCAACAAGAAUUGGGUGCCAAUUUGACAACGCUGGCUUUGUCUGGAUUGCAGGCGCUCUUGAACUACACUGCCGGGGCCAUGAUCUACGUCCGGAGGGAGUAUUCAGACAGGAUCAACAUCCUUCGCGCCAGUUGGAUCGCAGCUUCUCACGCUAGACUUGCAGAGCAAGAGGAGCAAGCUGCCAAUGGUCAGCCUCUUGCGUCCAUGGACCGCCUCCCGGCUGCUGCUCUCGAAGGAGAAGCAGAGCCCGCCAGCAAUAGUAAACGCGCAAAAAAGAUCCAAGCGACAAAGGUUCCUGAAAAUUUCAACGAGAUGUUUUGUUUCAACGCCGCGGUCAUGGGCUUCAACAUGGGCAUCAACUGGAUGGAAGCAGUCCUUGACCAGUUCGAAAACAUGGUCCUGAAUGCAUCCAAUACCAACCGGCUCCAAGAGGAGUGCGACGUUUUGUCUCUUCGGUUGAUCAAGAUCAAGGACCCCGUUGUCUUCGCAGAAUUCAAGGCAGUGAUGCUUGCGUCGCUGCGCUCCUUGAUCCCCAAGGUUUGGGGUGUCGAGCACGAGGUCGCUUGGACCUGGUUUUGGGACAACUUGGAGCGCAUGUUGAAGAUCCAGCUUGGUCAGCUCAAAGGACAGCAGCGCGCUGUGGACAGGUUCAUCAGGAACUUAUCGGAGGAGAGCAUCCCCAGACUGUGCCGGGAUGUAUACAGGCGCUUCUUUGAACAAGCUCCAACCGGGCAGAACUAUUUUAAGCAGUCGACCACACGACUGUACUUCAUCGCAAGCAAGGUCAUGGAGAUGUGCAUGGAGAUCUACAAAAGACCUCGGGAGUUAAUGGAGGAAAUUUCAGCCCUGGGUCUUCGGCAUGUGGGCUAUGGCAUUCCCACUGAGCUUUUCAUGCCCUUUGUGGAGGCAUGGAGCCAGUCCAUUUAUGCCAUGAAUGUGGAUGAAAAGACAGCGGCAUCGAUACGAUGGUCCCUGACCCUGAUCUCCAAAUCUCUGAUCCGAACCAUUGUUGAGGGCUCCACUUUGGUCAUGAAGGCCAUCAACACCAACAGCGCGCUGAAGUUUCACAAGGCUAUCUCAGUGACGUCUCGGAAAAAACGCGAGCAGGAGCUUUUGAGGGUCACCGUCGGAACGCAAUCCAUCUCCCCUUUGCUUUGGGCCAUCAAGAAUGGCAGCUUUCACGUUGCUCGUGCCAUGAUUGCGGACCUUCUCACCAUCCGUGCUGACAGAGACAACUAUUACUACGGAUGCAAUGCACUUUUUGAACGUCAUCCUGACAUUGUGCAAGAGUGCUGUGGGGUGAGGGGACAGCAGCUGCUUCCUAUUCUGUUUGAUGGAAUGCUAUGGCGCUCUAGGUUGACAAUCAAGAAAAUGCGAAGAGUCAAUUUUUUCGUGAAGCACCUCAUCCAGAACGAUGAUGGCACGUUCAACACAUACCUCCCUGCUGUUGUCAAAUUGAAUGACCCACACUUGAUUGGUCACCCAGUCGUGAGCUUUGUCUUCAAUUUGUUGUGGGCUCGCCUUGCAAGAUACAGUUUCCUGCGAAGCAGGCUGCGGUACCUUGCCUUGGUGGUACUGGUGGUCAGUUCUCAGAGCGUUCUUCCUCGACUGAACCCGCGAGAAGAGACAGAAGCGCAGAGAAUUGCGCUUUUCGUUUGUCGAGCCGCUCUGUAUCUUUUUGAUUUUGUUCCACAUCUAAUUUACAAUAUUUGGCAGUUGGUGAAGGACAUCAGGGCGCGUUCCUUCGUUUUUUUGUGGGGAACUGUGCCGGUGCCCACCUACCUCUACGAUCCAUCACAUGCUGCCCAAGUGGUGGUCACCAUUUGCAUGCUGUUAAUGUUGAUCCAAGAGCCAAUCUUUGCUUGUUUGGGAAACAUGAACGGAGACUUUGCUGGGGCCGGGCUCUUUACCACGCACUGUCCUCAAGCGGAAACCCGCAUGGAUGUUUAUUCUGUUCUCUCUGAAAUUACGGUGCUGCUGCAUUGGUUUCUCAUUACUGAUCUUUGUAUUUUCUCCAUACGGCUUUGUUGCUACUUUCUGACCUGUUCCCGGGUACUGGUGGAGCUGCUUCACUACAGCAUUGCUGUUCUUUUCCUGAUCCUGGCAUUCUCCUCUGCUAUUGGGGCCUAUGGUCCCAGCCUCUAUGAUUUUGAUUGCAUUCCUGAAGGAGCCCUCUCAUUAUUCAAGAUUGUCUUGGGCAUGUAUGAGAACCAACGUUUUGAUGCUAUCCGAGAAGAACCUCAGAUCUACACUUUGCUUGCGAUCUUCACUUUGAUAAGUUUGAUUUUCCUGGGGAGCUUGCUCAUUGCACAAAUUGCAGGUGCUUUCACCAAGCUGUAUAAAGAUAUUGAGAAUUAUGCUGUGCUAUUCCGUGCUGGUAUUACAGUCCAAACUGUCCGCUCUGCACGUCCCAAGAGAUGGGCAUCUUUCCUGGCAAGCUUAAAGUUUCAGGAGCGAAUUGAAUUCAAUGAAGGUGACAUCGGCUUGACCGGUGGGAUUCAAAUUCUGGAGCCGGCCACUUUGAACCCCACAACAGACGAGAUCAUCCGCAGGUAUGGCGGCUCCACAGACGCUGAUAAUCCGUGGCCAGAAGAUGAAUUCAAAAACCAGGGAAGUUUGGAAACCAGAUUGAAGCACUUGGAGAAGCUGGUGAUUCGGGCGACAAAGGCAAUGAUAAAGGGUCGCUUGGCAUGGAGCCUGACCAAUCUUGACCGAUGACGGUUGGUGCCUCCGGCUGCCUCCAUGGUUUCAAAGUGGUUUUGGUGGGUCAAACAUGGUCAAAAGGUUUGACAUCGUCAGGCAUUUGUGUGCAUAUGCAAGCGCAAGGGGUCCAUAGCAACAGAUACUGCCUUUGUUAGUCUAAGAUACGCAUGGAACCAACAUGAACGAACCAUCUAC